AUGUCGGAGGGCGGCCCGGGCCAAGGCGGCCAGGGCGGCCAGGGUGGCCAGGGUGGCCAGGGCCAGGGCCACAGUGGCCAGGGUGGCCACGGUGGGCAGGGCUUGGAGGUGGACGACGAGUUUCGGGACUUGGGCCCCGAGGCAGCCUGGUCCUUGUCCUCAGCCAAACAAGGCAACGGAGUGGAGCAACUGCGUGAUGGAAGUACUGACACCUUCUGGCAAUCAGACGGGCCUCAGCCGCACCUCAUUAACAUCCAGUUCCAACGCAAGGUCAAGGUCAGCGAAAUAUGCUUUUACGUGUGCUUCAAGAUUGACGAGUCAUACACGCCCUCGCGAAUCUCAGUCCGGAUAGGCACCGCGCAUCACGACUUACAAGAGGUGCAGGUCAUUGAGCUCAAAGAGCCGGAUGGUUGGAUCUCCAUACCACUUGCCAAAUCGAGCUUCCGACCUACGGAGCUUCCAGCAAGUUGCACCUUGCGCGAUGCCGACAUGGGGGGUGCUCGGGAAUUUGUCCGGACGCAUUUCAUCCAGUUGGCCGUGCUGACCAACCAUCAGAACGGACGCGACACGCAUAUCCGUCAAAUCAAGGUGCUUGGCCCCCGAAGCUCCACGCGCUCGAUCGCGGAAGUGCCACGGGAGGUGUGCCCUCUCAAGCUUCAGACGCGCGAUCUGAUGCAGUUCGCAAGCGUUCGAUGA